AUGUAACAGGUUCGAGAAAGGGCCCCUUGUCUGUCAAAUGGGCGCAUUAAAUUGCCAUUUGGUCCAUAAUGAGAAUUUAAUCGUUAACUUUGCGCACUAGAGUGGGGAAUACGCCUCAUGGGGGUUACAGGAUCAGGAGGGGAUAAAGACAGUUGGAAUUAGGAAAAAGAAACGCAGGAUUGACAUCCCUUCCAACUGUGAAAUUUACGGAACAUAAUUUCAAACCCUUGGACAUGUUUUGACCUCAUGAUUGGAAUUGUAAAUUUCAAAAAUAUAAGUUGCAGUCAUCAGUACAGGGCUGGGCAGAAAGUGGUUAAUUCGGACAUUUAGUGAAAACACAGUGACUCAUCAAAAGGGUUUGGACACUGACUAACGCAAUCAAGAAGUCAGAUUACCUCAUACAAUGGCACCAAGUACAUAUCAUCAAUACAAUACACUCAAGGAAUUAUUCAACCAUCACAGACGAUAGUACUGGAAUAAGGUCAUUCAAAUCCUCAUUAACUUUGGAGCCAGGUGCUGUUUCUGUGCUGUUACUGUGCCACCUCAAACAGCAGGGGAAUUGCUCAUGCAAUGAGAACUGAUAAUAUUCGCCUGGAUACAUCUUCCAUGGAAAACCCUGUCUUGUUUCAACCAGCAGAAGCUGAUGACAUUUGCCUGGACUUUGCGUGGAAUCAACUAAAUGGGCUUUGGAACAACAGGAAAUAUGUUUUGACAAGUCUGAGUUAAAUUAUUAUAAAAGCAGAGCAGAUCUGAGCAUCUGGGCUGCAGUUGGAAGAAGGGUUGAGUUUGGUCACCUUGACUCAGACCUACAGUCAAUACCAGAUGAACCAACCUUGUUGGGGAUUGAGAAUCAUAAAAACCAUGACUUCGAAAGUACAGCUGCUGUGUUGGGGCCAUACAAAUUUGGGCCAACUCGGGCUGGGUGAUGUACAUGAGAAUAUAGUCACCCAACCAAGGACUUCUUCAUUCUUUAGUAGUAAAACUGUGCGAGAAGUGUCCUGCGGGAGAUACCAUACGGCUUUUGUUCUACAAGAUGGAAGUGUCUACACAUGUGGCUCAAACAUCUGGGGACAACUAGGCCACGAGAAUGCAGGUUACAGUCCAGAACAAGUUGCUGCAUUGGAUGCCCAGACGAUUGUUCACACAGCUUGUGGAGAAGCUCACACUGUAGCCCUUAAUGACCAAGGUCAAGUCUUUUCGUGGGGAGCGGGGAGAGAUGGUCAGCUGGGGAUUGAUUCAACCGAAGAGACUAUCCGAAUACCAAGGUUAAUCCGGACGCUGAACGGAUGUUUGGUCAUACAGGUCACCUGUGGAAGCUGGCACUGCAUGGCACUUACCAAAGAUGGUCGUCUCUUUGCCUGGGGACAGAAUGCUCAUGGCCAGUUGGGUCUUGGGAAAGGAUAUCCCUCUCAGUCCAGCCCACAGUGCGUGAAGUCUCUGACCGGGAUUCCGCUGGCUCAGAUCGCUACAGGAGGGAUGCACAGCUUCACUCUCUCACUGUCCGGGGCAGUGUUUGGCUGGGGGAGGAAUAACUGUGGUCAGCUGGGACUCAGUGAUGAUAAAGAUCGAGAUGUCCCCAAUCAUGUCAAGUUCCUGAGGAGACAGAAAAUUGUUUACAUUAGUUGUGGUGAGGAGCACACAGCAGCUCUAACCAAGAGUGGAGGUGUUUUUACUUUUGGAGCUGGUCUUUGUGGGCAGCUGGGUCAUAACUUCAUAAACAAUGAAAUAAAUCCCCGCAGAGUCCAGGAGUUGAUGGGAAGUGAAGUCUCCCAGAUAAGCUGUGGCAGACAGCACACGAUUGCCUUUGUGCCUUCUUCUGGCCUAAUCUAUGCAUUUGGACGUGGCAACAGAGGUCAGUUAGGAUCUGGACAUACUGUUAACUCUCAGGUUCCGUACAAAGUGGCUGGGAACUGGGUGACUCACGCGCACAAGCUGAAUCCUAAUGAUCAGUCCAAGUACCAUGUGCUGAAACAUGUUUGCUGUGGAGGGGAUCAGAGUUUCGCCCUUUUCUUUCAGCAUGAGCACUCCCAAGUCCCUGAUGAUUUCCGCUGUUUGGAUCCUUCAAGGCGUGUCAGGAUAAUUAAUAACAACAUGAAUAAGUGGAUGCUAAGUCUUUCAGGAAAGGACGUGCUUAAUGAAUUAAAUGCGAUAUUUUCUUCACCUGCGUGUUUGAAUGGCAGCUUCCUUGAUCAUCAUAAUGACGAGCAUUUUAAAACUAGUCCUCGAAAUCCUGGCAUUGACUUGAAGGCUGCCAUGUUGUUUUUUGAGAAGAUGAUGAAUUCUCCAUACGCCAAAUUACUACAGCAGGUUACUGUGACUUUAGAGAAUUGUUUGAUUUCCCAGUUACCGACUUCACCGCCUGAUGUCGAGGCCAUGAGAACAUUUUUGAUUUUACCGGUGCUUCCUCUCUUCCAAGACUCCAAGAAUUAUUUGACCUUUGCCCUUCCAUUUGCCGCAGCCAUACUCCACUUGGAUGCCAACCCAAGCAAAGUGUUGGAUAACUGGUGGUGUUGGGUGGAUGCUGGUUAUUUCAGCCGGCUGGUGGAGCUCUAUAAAGACGCGGUGGUGUACCUUCUGACCAGGAUGAGGACUGCGCUGUUGGCUCCUGUAUUUAGCCAUUACAUCAUUGAUGCUCUUCGGGUUUUGGAAAAGCUGCACAAGGUUAAUUUGAUCGCUAACCACAUCAACUAUGAGGUAUUUUACAUCCACGAACUGAAUAACUUGGUCAACUUUGAAACAGAUUUUCUUUACUGGGCAUCUCAACACGCCGGGGUGAAAAUCCAGCCAGCUAUUGCAGAGGUGCCCAUUGCUUUCUGCUCCUAUCCUUUUGUCUUGAAUGCCCAGGCAAAGACCAAGAUGUUACAGACAGAUGCUGCCUUACAGAUGCAGAUAGCAGUGAACAGGACGAGUCUGGAGAACAUCUUCAUGCUGCUUACACUGGGGCCGUUCCUGACGAGCAGCCCUUUCCUGGUACUGCAUGUUCAGCGGACUAAUCUGGUCAGUGACGCCUUGAGAGAGCUGAGCAUUCAUUCAGACGUGGACUUGAAAAAGCCUUUGAAGGUGGUGUUCCUGGGUGAGGAGGCAGUGGACGAUGGAGGUGUGACAAAGGAAUUCUUCCUGCUGCUGCUGAAGGAGUUGCUGGAUCCCAAGUAUGGCAUGUUCACAUACUAUGAGCAGUCCAGGCUUUUGUGGUUUUCAGAAAAAACGUUUGUGGAGUUGAAUUGGUUUCACCUGAUUGGGAUCCUGUGUGGCCUGGCCAUUUACAACUUCACGGUGGUGGAUCUGCACUUCCCGCUCGUGCUGUACAAAAAGCUGCUGAAUGUGAAAGCCACACUGGAGGAUCUGAAAGAGCUUUCUCCCACGGAGGGCAGGACCCUGCAGGAUCUGCUGGACUACCCGGAGGACAACGUUGAAGAAACUUUCUGCCUCAAUUUUGCGAUUCUUCGAGAAAACUACGGAGUCACAGAGCUCCAGGAGCUGAUCCCUGGAGGUAAGAGCCUACCUGUGAGGAAGGACAACAGGAAGGAAUUUGUGCAAGCUUACGUGGACUACAUCUUCAACAACUCUGUCCAGGAGCUCUUCUCGGCUUUCUCCAGUGGCUUCUUGAAGGUUUGUGGAGGGAAGGUUCUUCAGCUCUUCCAGCCCAAUGAGCUGAUGGCCAUGGUGGUGGGGAACACCAGUUACAACUGGAAGGAGUUAGAGAUGAGUGCGAUAUACAAAGGGGAUUAUCAUCCUGCACAUCCUACCAUAAAAAUAUUUUGGGAAGUAUUCCAUGAGUUCCCUUUGGAGAAAAAGAAGUUGUUUCUGUUGUUUUUGACUGGUAGUGACCGCAUUCCCAUUUAUGGGAUGGCAAGUAUUCGGAUGACUAUUCAGCCCACUGCUGGAGGGGAGCGCUACCUGCCGGUAGCUCAUACCUGUUACAACCUGCUGGAUCUCCCCAAGUAUACGAAUAAAGCGACACUGAUUACUAAACUCACUCAGGCUAUCGAUCACCACGAAGGCUUCAGCUUGGUAUGAAAUGAACUCCUCUUCAUUCCAUUGCAAGGAGAUAUACCAAUUUAAUAAGCACUUUAUUAUUAUUAUUAUUAUUAUUAUUAGAGAUUAUUUUACAAAAUGCAGUCUCGUUUUAAAAGAUUAUUUUGCAGCAUAGUCUAACGGACUAUCCUUUGACUGUAAUUCCAAACUUUGGGUACAUUUUAAACAAGCUUUUGCUAUUGCUGCAGCUGCGUGUUUUUUUUUAAAAGCGUUAAGUUUAAUUGGAAUGUGACGUGUUUUAAUUGGCAUGGCAAACAAGUAGGAUCGGUUGGAGGGGGCCUGGCUUACCUGAGCCUGGCAGACACUACCAGGUUUCAGUGAUGCUCCCUGCUGUAACCUCUGAAACGGACAUGACCAAAGAAUGGCUGAGAAAUUGGAUGGUUCUCUUGCCUGUUUUUUUUUUUUGUGGCGCUAAGUGGACAGGAAAUACGCGCUCGUUGCAAACCGGAGGGAUGCCACCUCCUGUUUUUGGUGAUGGCCAGGAUCCACACCUAAAAUGGGUAUUAGUUAGGCCCUUCUCAUGUGGAAAUAAGCAGUUCAGUAGCCAUUUUGGCCUCCCACUCUCUGUGCACCCCACCACC